UCUCUCUUUUUUUUUUUACUUUUUCAUUUCUUUCUGACUGACUGGACACGACAGGAGGUAACUUCUUCCCGCCAGUAUGCAAAGAUUCAUCGGAAUCUCACAUCUUCUAUUGGUUCUUCUGGUUCAGCUGGUACCUGCGCAGAUUUCACCCCCUCCAGAAGAGGGUUCCACCAAAGGCAUGACAUUCCAGGAGGUGUGGGCAAAGAGCAUAUGUCACCCGAUGGAGCAGUUGGUGGAUGUGGAGCAGGAGUUCCCCGAAGAAGUGGGGUACAUCUACAUGCCUGCUUGUGUCCCACUAAAGAGAUGUGCUGGUUGCUGCGGAGAUGAGAAUCUGGAGUGCCAUCCUACCCUUGAACGCAACAUCACUGUGCAGAUGAUGAAGAUUGCUCCUGUGAUAUCAAGCCAUGUGGAGCUUACAUUUGUGGAGCAUCAGCAAUGCGAUUGCAGACUCCGGCAGACACUUCUAAAAAAUAAAAGCAGCAGUGAGUCCAUCAAGAAUAAACCUCGGAGGAGGAAACACAAGAAGACAGCAAACGGCUGUGGCAAGUGCCAGUUCCCUCAGAACAAGAUAAGUCUUCACUGAUUCACACAUCUGUGCAAAGUUUCAUUUGGAUGAGUGACUUUGGUGUGGUGAACAACAGCACAUCUGUAAAUUAAUCACAGCUGACCAUUUAUCUUCUGUCCCAACACGUUUCCUCAUCUGGCGGAUCCAUCAGAACGUUCAGUCUUGUCCAGGACAUUAUUUUCUUUUUUGGUUAAUCGCAGUAUCAAAGCAAACACCCAUCUCUGCAAACUCACUUGGCUCAGACUGCUGCUUUUAAUUGACCAAAAUAAAUGUCAUUUUUUAUUUUAAAAAUCUAGCUGCUUUUGUUUGAAGUUGUAAAAAUAGACAGGGUACAACAGUAUAUACAGAAUAGGUAUGGAGAUAAUGGGUGGAAUGCUUUGAGCUCAUCCGUUGCGAGGUGAAAGGACUAAAGCCUCAGUCCAUCCUGAAGUGUUCAAUGAUUAAGUGUCAGAUCAUCCUGUCAGACCUUCUCCAUUACUUCAUGUUCAUUGUGACUUUUGCAGAGACUUGUGUUAUAACUGUUGGGAAACCAAUUUUUUUCUGGUGCAAAGCUAUAGACACUGAAAAAAGACAUCAUCUAUGUUACUUUCUGUAUGUAGUGUUAUUUUUGUAGAAGUGUCUUCUGAUCAGCACUGAAUCCACUCUGUCUUAUCAUGGGCCCUGGUAAGUUCAUGAAAUAAAAUGCACUCCAA